UAUAGUCUGUCAUUUGGUCGGUGUACACAAAAUGCUACUUAACCACCUCAUCAGAGCAAUCAUAGAUGUACCGAGAACAGAAAGGGAAAAUACGCACGCUGAUAUUAAUAGUAUUUGUUCUAUUGUUUACGGUCUGGUACAUCUUAUUGCUGGAAGAAACACAUGAAAAUCGUUAGCAUACAUGCAUGCGUAGUUGUCUUACUCUGUUAUUGAAAUUGCUUCCUCUGCGAUAAUUCUUUGGAAACUUUUGACUGCCUGGAAGUCCUUGAAAGGUUCGAUGAUUAAGCAAGGAGGAGCACGACGAAUUAUCAUCGAUUUCGUUGAAUAGCGCUUAUUUUUGUUUGUUUUUGUUUUUGGCAAACCCAGGUCUUGCUGACCAUCUGCUAUGCAAAUUACGCGAUCGCUCAGCUUGGCCAGCUUGGCUUUUCUUCACUUGAGCCGCGCUAUAAAAGACUAGGAAUUUCAAUGAAGAGUUGACAAGUUUUAUGUUGUGGGACAGAUGGAGGGCUCCUUACACUGAUUAUUGGACGAAGUAAAACUGAUAACAAUUUUAACAACAAGAACAAUUAUGAUAGUAAUAAUUAUAUCAAAAAAUAAUAAUGAUUACAAAAUUUAUAACGAUUAUGAUAAUAAUAACAAUUGCAGUGACCAAUAAGGAAAAAGUACCGCACUAUAUUAUUGUGAGAAACUAAUGAAUCAAGAAACCAUGAGUUUCUCUCUUCAUCCUCUCUUUGAAAGACUUAGAUGAACGAAAGAAAGCUGACAGUAACACAGAGUGGAAAGAGAAGGCCUUUGACACAAAUUUCUCGGGCAAAGAGAGAGACCUGAACGUGGACUGACAGAAAAAGAAGGAGGAGAAAGAAAAGGAGUCUCUUUUGUUGCUGCUUAAGAACAGGUUUGACAACUGGACCGCGUAGGAGAGCGAUGAAUGUAGAUUGUAUCACCAGGCAUUGGGACUUUGCUGAAAAAUGCGAUUACCAUUAGGUGAAAAAUGGUUUGAAUUUCAACCAGAGGAUGCCCCAAGGAGCAAGGAGACUCGCAUCUAAACGGACCCAGGAGAAUUAAAGGUUUCCGACUAUUUUGAAAUAUUUACGACUCAAGUCAAAUCAUUUUUCUCGAAGAGGCGUUUAUCCUCCCUUUCUACUCGCCUCCUAUGAAAUUUAGAAGUUUAGCCGCAUUUGUGGGAAUGAAGCACGGCUUUAAAUUAAUGACGAGCAGACGAUCACUCUUCCAAUUAGAUUCUCGCCUCAAUACACGAUCUUCUCUUCAACGGGCAAGUUCAGGGUUGAAUCAUCAGCUAUUGAUUAAGAUAUUUCCUGCUGAGUUAAUCUCGACAACCUGUCUGCAAGAUGAGCAAACACCAUCUACUUUCCGGAUUUAUUUUAUGCAGAGGGUGCAUAGAUGAUUUCAAAAAAGUAGAGUCACGCAGGGAAUUGAUCUUGGACUUUAAUAUCAAUGUUCCUGCCGACGUUUAAGCACUAACGAAAACGUGUUAGCUGUGUUUACUUGGCCUUUUCACCCAAAGAUACAUGGCGUUUCCCCAAAGGAUUCUUGGUGUGCCAUCAGCUACUCACCUCCUGGCAGUUGCUACUUGGUGCUUAACUGAAGGAAAGAUCCAGUAUCUGAAGGACUACAACACGAUGAACAAUACAAGUAACAUGUCUCUUCAACCGCCUACAGCGUCCCAUCAACCAAAAUAUAACUUAUUCCCAGAACUUGUUCCUAUUGCAGUUUCAGUCAUCAUAGCGAAUGGAGUCGUGUUUUAUCUCUUCGGUAAAAUGAAGAGUCUGCGCACUCCAGCAAAUUAUUUCUUGUUAAGCCUUGCUACAAGCGACAUCAUGACGGGGUUGAUAAAUAUUCCGUUGUUGCUGGUUUUGGUUCAUCUGCCUCAGUCUAGCCCUUCAUUUUCUGUGAUCUACUGUACCUCAGAGGUCUUCCAUAACGUGAUUUCAAUUUCGAUUGCUUACCACAUCACUGCUAUUACUAUGGACAAAUAUUUCGCCGUUGUUAACCCCUUUGUACGUUUCGUGAUGACCAAGAAAACAGUGAAGAAGGUAUUAUUAUCUGUAUGGCUUUGCUCGGCGUUCUUGGGGUCUGUACCUGCAACUUGGUGGGAUUCAUGGCUGGCAUUGGACUCUUCUGCUUUGUAUUUACAAGCUGGACACAUUAUUUUCUGUCUUUGCUUUGUGUUUUUUGUUCCGUAUUCGUUUAUCCUUUACGCCUACGGCAUUAUGUUUAAAGCGGUAUCUUUGAAGCGUUCGUCAAAAGAAUCAUCUGGCCAGAAGAAUUCCCGCGUUUUUAAGAAAGCUAACGGUGAAAGGAAAUGUCUCGUAAUUCUACUUGCAAUGGCGACUACUUUUGCAAUUUGUUGGAUACCUUGGUUCACUCUACGAUUAAUCUACGCCCUGUCCACGAAGGGAUGGAUAGAUAUCAAAGAUCAGGCGUCUUUGUCCAAAGCAUCUCAAACGUUUGUCAUCGUCAGAUAUCUCAGUUCUGCCGUUAAUCCCUUGUUGUAUACAUUCUUUAAACAAGACUUUUGGAGCGCUUUUAAACUCGUUACAUUGAAAAAUAACUCAAGAAUGCCAUCCAUGACUCCAUCAAUCAGAUUAACAACAACACAAAGAUAUCGAGGCACAGAAAAAUACAGUGAGCGUCCAGAAAUAGACAGCAUUGUCAAAUUUGAGCAAUCAGCCGUUUGAACAAUAGAAAGUAAGUUGUCUUCAUUAAUGUGGUUAUGAAAACCUACGCACCAAGAUAUUAUACCCAUAAUGAAUAUCAUAAAGCUAUUUUCUACAUGGGCAAAGUGUCAGGGUUACACCACGUAAUGCAGAGGGUAACCAAAACUCCUACCCCCGGUCACAUAAUGCUGCUGAAAAGAGGAUGAUCCUCAGAUUUAGUAACAAUGACAAGUGCUAUUGGAAAAAUUGCAAACUCAGAUCUCUGUUACAGCUUGAUGGUAUUACUGUAAGUUACUAAUUAGAAGCUUAUUUAUUGUUGAGGUCAUUUCAUUCUCUACUGUCUGAUUCAUGUCCUUCAAAUGAAAUUUCUGGACUAAGUGUGUUUGCUACAGUUUUUUUAAGCCUGCUUUUCAUUAUUUAUGGCUGAUGCAGAAAUAAAUGUAGAUGUCCCCCCAGAUUAUGUUGCUUCAGAUACAGCGAAGAUUAAGCUUCAAUGGUUCAGAUCAGAAAUUGAAAAGUAUUUCAGAUCAAGAUUGUUUCUGUAAAGGUUCUUGUGUCCUUUUUUACCAGAAUUAUUCAGAAAGCCUGUAAAACACAAGUUAAUAUGACUAUCAAUUAACAACAACACAUGUGUAAAGUUAGAAUUUUGAAGCUGGCAAUAUUAUCAUCCCAGCAGUGAAACUUUGACCAAGUAUUCGGCAGCAUCAAUAAGAUGGUUCUGCAAUGUAACUAUUCUCAUAAGAGUUUUCCUCUCAACUUAAUUCAAUGAAAAUGAAACUCUGAUUCUCACUUGUUAAACAUCUGCUGGGCCCAGUUGUUCAAAGGCCGAUUAGCUCUAACCCAGGGUUAAAUUAAUCCAGGUUUCUAAAUU